CAACAAUUUUGUUUGAUUAUUAGGAACAAUUUUUCUGAGCAAGCGGUUGUAUUUUUGCUUAUUUUGUUAAUUUUCUGCUAUUUUUAUGAUGAGCGAUCACCAAAGGGAACAGAACGAGAAGUCAACAGCUGGAUUUUGUUCAGCGACGUGCGUGAACAAGGAGUGCCUUCAGAGAGAGAUCCAGAAACCUGAGCCUAAAACGUCGGACUUCUUUGCUACUUGCAACUUGCCAAAGAGAUUCGAACAUCCCCACUGGUUCAAUGGUUACGGCAGUCAAGUGAGUAAGCAGCAUCCGUUCUAUCGGACCAGCGCCAGCGAAUACGGGUGGUAUGCACCAGGGCCCCACUCUGUACCCUUCCAGUACCACCCGAAGAGCCAAUCGUUCACAAACAAUCUGGCGCAGUUUGGGAUGUACCGCAACUAUUCGCUGAACACCGCCCUUGACCAUUAAAUGAGCUCUAAUAACCGUGAAAUUGCUUUUUGAGGUUAACCAUGUAACCUCAAGUGUUGGGGGUUUUGUGGGUUGCUGCAGACAUGAGUAAAUAACUAAGACUGCCAAUCUUUAUACAACUUUGUGUAGCUGCAACCAUGUGAGUCGGUAGAUAAAUCCGAUAUAUCUGUCUUUUUCAUCACUUUUAUUAUAUAAUCUUUCUUCAAAUUAUUUCACCUAGUACGGUCGCCAACGGAUACAUCAGAUUUAACAAGAUGCUUACAUUCAUAAAAUUUUACUGUUAAGCCUUAGUGCGUGUGCAUUCAUAAAAUUUUACUGUUAAGCCUUAGAUCAUUUUAAGCACCGUUAAUUGAUAACAUGGGGCUGUCAUAGCGCAAUACAAGGUACAUAUGGAUAUAAAACUUAAGUGUAUAGAGAUUAGUAGUCUUUAUUAUAUACCCGUCUUUGUGUAAAUGAUGCAUAGCUUGUUUUAAGCUAAAGAAAAUUGUAAUAAUUCUUUGUCUUUUCAUUAUAGUCUUUAUGUACAUGAGUUCUGUUUGAAAUGGGAACGAGCUUAGUAAAAUAUGCCAUUUAUAGCUUAAAGUUAUCUACAAUGCGUAACUGGGGUAUUCGUAUUUAAGUUAUCAAUUUUAAGAUUAUAAUUUAUUAUAAGCGCGUAUUUUUUUAUUUUAAGUAUCCUGCGUUGGUAAAUAUAGUUUUAUUUUUGUUUCCAAGAAGUUAACAUUGCUCUGUCAAUUAGUUUACUGGGUUUUGAUUGAAUUGUUAAAGUAUUAUUAUAUUGUUAAUUGGUUGAUUAUUGUUAAUUAAUAAUUUUAAUAUAGAUUACCUAUACAACA